AUGUCUACAGAGACAGAAACUAAAACCAAUGUGGUCAAUAUUGAUGAGUUACAAAACUUCGGAAUUAACGCGUCUGAUAUAACUAAAUUGAAGACUGCUGGUAUAUUUACCGUUAACACUUGUUUGUCGACGACCAGAAGGAAUUUGUGUAAAGUUAGAGGGUUAUCGGAAGUGAAGGUAGAAAAGAUUAAAGAAGCUGCCAAUAAAAUCAUCACCAUUGGCUUUAUUCCAGCAACUCUGCAAUGGCAGAUUCGUCAAGCAGUUAUGUCUAUCUCUACCGGGUCGAAACAAUUCGAUUCUGUACUAGGAGGAGGAAUAAUGACAAUGUCCAUAACUGAGGUGUUUGGGGAGUUUAGGUGCGGUAAGACUCAAUUAUCCCAUACGUUAUGCGUGACAGCUCAAUUACCAAAAGAACUAAAUGGACCUGAGGGUAAGGUUGCAUAUAUUGAUACAGAGGGUACUUUCAGACCAGAAAGAAUCAAGCAGAUAGCACAAGGGUAUGAUUUGGAUCCCGAAGUGUGCCUUGAAAAUAUCUCGUACGCCAGGGCACUCAAUAGUGAGCAUCAGAUGGAGUUACUUGAACAGCUUGGCGAGGAACUCUCUUCAGGAGAAUAUAGACUAUUAAUAGUAGACUCAAUUAUGGCCAAUUUCAGAGUUGAUUAUUCAGGCCGUGGGGAAUUGAACGAGCGUCAGCAAAAACUAAACCAACAUCUUUCUAGAUUGAAUCGUAUCGCUGAGGAGAACAAUAUCGCAGUUUUCAUGACCAACCAAGUUCAAAGUGAUCCCGGUGCUUCUGCCUUGUUUGCUAGUGCCGAUGGUAGGAAACCUGUCGGAGGACAUGUCUUAGCCCAUGCAAGUGCGACAAGAAUAUUAUUGAGAAAAGGUAGAGGUGACGAAAGGGUCGCGAAAUUACAAGAUUCGCCUGAUAUGCCGGAAAAGGAGUGCGUUUAUGUCAUUGGUGAGCGUGGAAUAAUGGAUUCUGAUGAAUAA